CGGCAAUGUUGCAGAAAAGCAAAUACGAAGAUGUGUCUCACUCGGAAGGCGAGGGGUAAUAAAUAAUUCUCACAUUCUCACUGGCGUCGGCCACAUUCCACUCUGGGGUUAUCCCUCGUUUCCGCGAUCACCGUCUUCUCCCUAAUUACAUGUUUUUGCAGCAUCCCGAGCCAUCUAAGUGACUACUAUUAUGUUCAUGUUAUGAUGCGACUUCUAUGUUUCUUCCUUCUUUGUAUUCUCCAAGAUGCUACUCAUGCGGCGAAUCCCCUGGUGAUGAACUGGUCAUCACAGGCAUACGGCCCAGAUGGCCCAUGGCAAGCCGUGACGAUAGCAGUGGGCAGCAAUAGACAAUCAGUCGAUCUUUAUCCCGGCGCCAAUGGGGCCUCCACCAUUUUCGCAGACUCAAUUUGCUCGAACACAACUCUCUCGGCAACAUGUUACGCCGCACGCGCAGGCACUUAUAACCAGAGUGAAUCGACCACGGCGUUGCCCUUGAAUCGGAGCUCGUGGGAGACCGCUUAUUGGAACGUGCAAGGAGGAAGUAUACAAGGUUUUGUUAGCGACCAGGUCAAUGUUGGUUCUGUCAUCCCAAACGUCAGCUUCACGGCGGUCUAUCAAACAUACCAGACCUAUCCCAACGGCAAGGAUUAUCCGGUACCCGUCGGAAACCUAGCCUUAGGUGGGCCGUAUUUGAAAGAUAUGGUGUCGGGCUUCGGACUCGACACGAUCGCAGCGUGGCUAUACACCUCCGGGGGGGAAAAGAGUAUUCCAUCUUACUCGUUCGGAAUGCAUAUCGGGUCUGUAGAUCCAGCUGUUCCGGGAUCUCUGGUGCUAGGUGGGUAUGAUAAAAGCCGGGUCCUCGGGGGAGUGAGUUCACAGCCGGUAAGCUUGUCUUCUUAUUCUAGUGGCAUAUGGCAGAUUGUAUUGAAGGAUAUUGGACUGGGCGUUGCGACAGGAGGGUCGCCCUUCGCUUUUACGAACAAGAACGGGCUGUUCAUGCAAAACAGUGGCGCCGUGCUAGCCAAGCCAGCCACGAUUGACCCAACAAAGCCGUAUAUGUAUCUUCCAGAAGCCACCUGUGAUGCGAUCACUUCGUCCUUCCCCGUCUCGUUCAGCAAUGACUUGGGCCUGUACAUCUGGGACACGACCCGCAGUGACUAUGCGAAUAUCACAUCCUCCGCGACUUAUCUUGCCUUCUCGUUCAAUAAAGAUGGCCUGAACGAUCAGACGAUUACAGUCAAGGUUCCCCUGAGGCUGCUCACGCUUACGCUGCAAGACCCGCUGGUCGACCGCAACGUCACAUACUUUCCCUGUUUCCAUUCAACCGAUACCCCGGUUCUCGGUCGGGCCUUUCUGCAGGCCGCAUUUGUCGGUGUCAAUUGGUUCGAAGGAAACAAUGCUGGUACAUGGUUCCUGGGCCAAGCGCCCGGUCCGGGUCUCCCCGAUGCGGAUAUAACAGCCAUUAAUCCCAAGGACGCCACUCUUGCCGCAUCGGACAGCCCCUGGGAACAGAGUUGGGCUAAAUACUGGCGUCCCCUUCUGGAGCCCGGCUCGAAUAACUCAACCAGCCCAACCAGCUCGAACGGUGGUCUUUCCACAGGGGCAAAAGCCGGGAUCGGCAUUGGAGUUGGAGUCGCUGGAGUUGUUCUCAUUGCCGGGGCAGCAUGGGUCGCGAUGCAGCGUCGUCGCAAGCAUCAGCCAGCCCCUGUAGAGCAAAGGAAGCCCAUUUUUCGAGGAUUUGCUGAAUUGCCUGUUUCGAAGAACCAGGAUGGAUUUCCAAGGGAAUUGGGUACUAAAGAGAAUGUGCAGCCGCAAGAAAUGGUGGGCUCCCAACCACUACGGCAUGAACUUCAGUGAGGUUAUUUGUAUUUUUGAUUCCCAUGACACACCCCCCCUUCUUAAUGACCACUGUCACAAUUACGAUGUUGUAUGCUUUUCUAUUUCUCUUGUUCCGUCUACAUGAGUUUGGCAGGUUUGUACGGAGUUGAUAUCUAAGUAUGAAGGAGUAUUCAGCAAGGGACAGCCGUGGAGAAGAAAGGAAUCCGUAGGUUUGGUUCGAACCCGCAAUGCUGAGACUUGACAGGUCCUGAAAUGCAUUCAGCUGUACAACUAACUCAUGGUGCAUAAAGUGCCCUAUGUUUCACGUUCAAUAACUGCCCGUGUUCUCGAAAGUCUCAAGGAUUGUCAAUGGCAUCUCAAUCACACGGACAAAGAUUUUGACGCACAUUUUCCCGUACAGCCAUGAGAAUGACGAUUGACGUGUAACUAUUUCCAUGGCUAUCGUGUCAAUAAACCGUGAAGUUACUAUAGCACAGACGACUAAAUUGCUUUUUAUUCAAGCUGGCUCCAACAAAUUCGAGAGCGUCGACACUAGAAGUAAGGAAGCAGGCAAGGGGCCAACACAUAACACAACCCAAGCUCAAAUGACAAGGCCGUUAUAGUAACUGGAAUGGAUCGACUCUGCAGGCGCCCGCCCCACAGGCCUUGG